AUGAAUGCAGUCCUUCUGUUGGUCGCACUAUUCUUAUCCUGCCAAGCGAGAUUGCUAGAUGAGGAGAGACGCAGUAGCGCAGAGAACGAAGAUGGUGAUAUCCACAAAAGAGAUAUGCAAGGAGAAGGCGAGGAGUACCGAGCACGGAAGUCUGUUACAGUUAUGAAAAGAUCGGACAUGAGAGUCUCUGCUGAAUCAGAAAGUACUACGACAACGGCAAAAACGGAAUCUACGACAACAACACAGACAAGAAUUUACUCAGAAACCAAUGCAAACGUGCCAAAAGGGGGAGGUCUUUGGGACAAUAUCAAAAAUGCUGCAUCAUCCUUGUACAAAUCGGCUAAGGACAGUCUUGCAAAUCUGGCUAAUCAGUUUUCAAGUUGGCUCAAAGGUGUUCCGACAAAUGGGACACUCACAACAACAACUGCACAUGUGAUUAAACGCAAGAGUGUAGAUGAUGAAGAAGACGAACAGGAACAAAAUUUUGGCAGCGAACACGAGGAAGGAGACGAUGUCUAUAGAAGACUCAACAGGGAGCAAACCGAAUUUUUACGUUUGGUAGUGAAAAGAAGUGAUUUUGCUACAAUGGUACUCGACUUUUCGCCGAAAAUUUUUUUCGCGUGACUUUGUCCGUAUCGCUCUUAUUUUGUAGAGUUGAAUAAAUC